AGCAUAUCUCUAAUCCCGAUGUUCCAUUGUUUUGACAUUUCGACAGGCCGCCGGAAAAAUAAAUAAAUACGACGUCGUUUUACAUCCAUUGGAUUUGGACGGCUUGGAACCUUCUUGUUCUUCUCGAUUAAGACAACUCUAAAGCAAACGAAUACUUUUCUCUCUCCAUCUCUGUACAGUUAGCUUAGCUUCACUCAACUUAUCCCUCUCAAUUCGAAACCCCAAAUCGAUAAAGUAACUCACCGAUGGGUUGUACGCAAUCCAAGAUCGAGAACGAAGAAGCUGUCACACGAUGCAAAGAGCGAAAGCGCGUCAUGACUGUUGCUGUUUCCGAGCGCAACGCCUUCGCAGCGGCUCACUCCGCCUACACCAUGUCUCUAAAGAACACCGGAGCCGCCCUCAGCGACUACGCCCACGGUGAAGUCCAAAACCCACAACUCGUCUUUCAGAGCAACGCAUCUCAUCCCUCGUCAUCGGUUUCCGCCACCGCCUCCGCUGCCAAGCAAGCGCCCUUCGAUGACCUCAAACCGCCUCCUCCACCGGUUUAUCCGCCCCUGCAGCGGGCUGCCAGCAUGCCGGAAAUCUCCAACACGUCGAAAACCCGGGAACCCAACGGCGUGGGACCCACUAUUAUUGAGGAGAACGACUCUGAAGAAGAGGAUGAAAUCGAAAAUCGUGAGAAAUUGAUUUCGAGAAAGAGGAGUAGCAGUAGAAAUAAGAGUGUGGAUCAUCAGAAUCUGGUGCGUCCCACGUCGCCGGAAGUGCGGGCCCCACAGAUGCAAAACAAUGGGGUCAUGCCUGAGCCCCACCAUCAGCAUCAGCAAGAUGCAGUGUACGAGUAUAUUUUCAAUGUGGAAAGCCAACCGGCGUCGACUUUGGAGGAGGUGAAACUUGACAAGGUGUUCGAUGAAAGGCCAACAAGAGAGGAGUACGUAGAGGAAAAGGUUAAUGCUGCAGAGGUGAAAACUGUGAAGGAGGAGAAGGUGGCUCCAGUGUUGCCACUUGUGGAAGAGGAAAAAGUUGUGGCACUUGCGGCUCCUGGUGAAGGAGGGAGUCUCGGGAGAAAUUUGAAGAGGGGGAAGGUGACUGGGGGAGGAGGGGAGAAGAGGACGGUUAAAGGGAGUGUAAAUUUGUUGCAGAUAUUUACUGAGUUGGAUGAUCAUUUCUUGAAGGCGUCUGAGAGUGCCCAUGAUGUUUCCAAAAUGUUGGAGGCCACCCGGUUGCAUUAUCAUUCCAAUUUUGCUGAUAAUCGGGGACAAAUUGAUCACUCAGCAAGGGUGAUGCGUGUUAUUACAUGGAAUCGGUCAUUUAGAGGACUUCCCAAUGUUGACGAUAUGAAGGAUGACUUUGACUCAGAAGAAAAUGAAACUCAUGCCACUGUGUUGGAUAAAUUACUAGCUUGGGAAAAAAAGCUUUAUGAUGAGGUGAAGGCUGGUGAACUUAUGAAAUUUGAGUACCAAAGGAAGGUUGCUUCACUAAACAAGCAAAAGAAACGAGGUACCAACUCUGAAUCGCUGGAGAAAAUAAAAGCAACCGUGAGUCAUCUACAUACUAGAUAUAUUGUUGAUAUGCAAUCCAUGGAUUCAACAGUUAUAGAAAUAAACCGUUUACGAGAUGAACAGCUGUAUCCAAAACUUAUCCAGCUUGUUGAUGGGAUGGCAACAAUGUGGGAGACCAUGCAUGUUCACCAUGAGCAGCAGUCUAGGAUUGUUUUUCACCUAAAAUUUUUGGACAUAUCUCAAUCCCCCAAGGAAACAACAGAGCACCACCAUGAGCGCACCAUGCAGCUGUGGGCUGUUGUGCAGGAGUGGCACUCACAGUUUUGUAAGCUUAUGGAACAUCAGAAAGAAUACAUAAAUGCUCUGAAUAAUUGGUUAAAACUAAAUCUCAUUCCCAUUGAGAGCACCUUGAAGGAAAAGGUCUCUUCUCCUCCGAGGGUUGCAUCUCCCCCCAUUCAGAGGCUCCUAAUUGCUUGGCAGGAAUCUCUAGGGACUCUUCCAUAUGAGGGAGCAAGAGGUGCUAUAAGUAACUUUGCUGCUAUUAUUCAUACCAUUAUGACCCAUCAAGAAGAUGAAAUGAAACUAAAAGAUAAAUGCGAGGAAUCAAGGAAGGAGCUUUUGCGCAAGACCCGACAUUUUGAGGACUGGUAUCAGAAGUAUACGCAGCGGAGAACACCUGAUGAUGUGAAUCCAGAAGAUAGCAUUCACAAGGAUGCUGUUCAAGAGAGACAAUUUGCAGUGGCUAUGGUGAAGAAGCGACUGGAAGAGGAAGAGGAAGCCUACCAGAGACAAUGCCUUCAAGUGAGAGAGAAGUCUUUAAAUAGUCUUACAACUCACUUGCCAGAGCUUUUUAGAGCAAUGUCCGAUAUAUCUCUCGCUUGUUCAAAAAUGUACGGGGAAUUGAGACACAUAUCACAGCACCAGAAGCCAAGCGAAACCUCAUCAUGAGAAUGCAUUUUUUAAGUUUGUAUAACUUGCUUGUAUGUGUCAGUUGAAAAUUUGUAUGCUUUCUAUGCAGAACAAACCGGAAACUAUACAUAUAUUAUCAUUAAAUUGAUGUGGGUUUCAAUGAAAGAAGUCUUAUUUACAAUUAA